UAUAUUCAUAAGAAGAACAAAAAGAUGUAUUAUCAAUUUUAUACCCUUCAGGUUUGCUUCAAGUAAAAUGUUCUAAUUUCCUGAGAAACUCUGUACAUUAUAUUUCUUAAAGGAUAUCGCAUACAUAAGUUUAGAAAAAUAAUAAAGAAGAGUUUCACGAAGAAAGAGAAAAGAACGCUCGAAGUUGCUGGUGGUUUUCGCGAGAAGCAGACAAAGGAAUCGUUCUUUCCAAUCUUCAUCCGCCAACGCGCUUCCGGUAUCCAGCGUUCCGCCAGCGUGUCUCCUGCCGCGGAGCAAGAUCGCGAAAAUACAGUUAAGCACACAUUGAAUAUCCGCGACCCCGAGAAAUUGAACUCGCUGUUAACCCAAUCAGCUUUUUAAACGGUGGAGCUCGAUUCUUUUGUCUAAUUCUGGCGGCAAACAAACGGCCGAUUUGUCGUGUAGGCGAUCACGCGACUGCGCGAGUCAUCGCGCGCUCCCGAGGCGCCGUUAGUUAUGACCGAUACGCAGUUGUUCAGUGUUGCGCCAACAGUCGUGCGGUGAGCGUGCGUGCAGGGUAUUAUUCGACUCGUCGGCUAACCGACUUUCGUUUUUAUCAAUUAACCGCACGAACGAAAUCAAACGCGAUUCGGCGGGAGUUCGCGGCGAGUAAACCUCGCGCAACGUCAUCGAUCCACGUGCCCGUCAAAGGGGGUAGUUCGGACUCGCGCCUCCUUUCAUCCCCUUUGAGCUAACGGCACGGUUUCGUGCACAGAGACGCGUUUCACGUAAUAUUUCUGGUGACUGAGAAAAAUUACUGGGACGAUUAAAUAAACUGGAACCAAAAGACCAAACACGGUGUCAGUGCAUAUGAAAUGUAUCAAAUAUGGAACAUUAUCAGAAAGGAAUCUGAACUUCUUCCAUUCACGCUCGUCGAUCUUUCUAUUGUACGAUGCCUUCUGUUUGCCCGACGCGGACAAAACCAUAGGUGUACGUGACUAUAUAUAGAGAAAACGUGCGCUAUGCCGUUCCAAGCGUUCUUAACUGUUUGAUGGGUUUCCUGAUGCGAGAAAUAAGAAGGCCGGAGUACCGUCGUGAGCUUUAAUUUCUACGUGAUGAAACAGUAUCAUCCAUUUCUUGAUCACAUCUCGCUGCAAAACAUCCUGUAACUCUGAACAACUAACAACAAAAACCGCCAAUGUCAGCAAUAAAGCUGAGGAAGAAAAACAGUCGUUUCAAGACAAAAGCAGUCUUCUUAGUAAUUUGUCUUUUGAAAGAAAAUACGAGCGUUUUAAUAACAAGUCUUUUGACUUUUAUUUUUUUAUGCAGUACCUCUUUGUUCUCGGAGGAGAAAAUCAAGAUGUUGAGAGCUGGGUCUAUAUUCGGUGUACUGGUCCUAGCGGCCAUCGCGAACGUGGUAGUCUCGAACCGCUGCCUGACUAUGCUCGAAGAGGUCAAUCCGAAGAGGGUGGUCCAGAUGGAUGGGCACUCGUUGAACAUCACCUUCGAGGUCUCCGAAAGAGUGACACAGAGGCUGUCUACGAUUAUCAUGAAAAUCUUUUUGACCGAAGUGCUCGGUUAUACCGGAGUGUCCGUCUUCGAGGUGGAAGACGAAUUCAAAGUGAACGAAACAUUCAGAAGAUUGACCGACGACGUUUCGUCUGGACAAAGAGUGCUUCCAAUGGUGAACAUGGAGGUCUGGAUUCCGCCGCAGUUGGACACGAUGCCAUUGUUAAACGCGAACGACGUGAAGGAAUGCGGAUCCAUUGCACCGCCGGGUCAUUUCGGUUGGUUCGUUCCUAAAUCGUUGUCGAGGCUCGGUGACAGUUGGAUAACCUUCACAAGGCCGGAGACAGCCACUCGAUUCGACGUGGACGAGCACACCUUAAACAGAAUUCAAAAUUUCACCGUGAAUCCCAUCAACAAAACCUACUACUGCACGGAGCCGUUUUGCCAGCAAGGAAUGUAUGUUCCCGAACGGUGUCAGGGUCAAUCUUGUGCUCUGUUACUGACCAGUUAUCCUAACGUAACCGACUACGUGAAAAGCCACAUCGACAGCUUGAAGUUGUUCGUGAAGGUGGUCUGGGUGGGACCGAAUCUGAAGUACCUCACUGAAACCUUGACCAGAGAAUAUUCCACUGCUAAUAGGUCCCUGGUGAUCUUGCAUUGGACCCCAAGCAGCGUAGUUCCAAACGAAAGGGACUUCGCGACGAUCGAGUUCGCUCGUUGCAGCAACAAGCUCUCCGAAGCUGGUUGCAACUACGAAUCCAAUCGAUUGACCAAACUAGUGUGGGCCCGCCUCGAGUACAUCGCGAAGCUGGCCUUCGAAGCGAUCAAUCACGCGAAAUUCACUGGCGAGAUGUACGAGGACCUGAUCAACCGUUACAACACACUAUCACGGAAAAUGGACGAAGAGGAGAUCGCGUGUGGUUGGCUGAAGGACAAUUUGAACUACACCUUGCAAGAAUGGAUGCCGAACAACGCAGACAAGAACGUACUCUACGUGGGUGGUAUAUUUCCCAUGAGCGAGGCGUUUUAUUCGGGCAAAUCGAUUCUGAUCGCAGCCAAGAUGGCCAAAGAGGCUAUCAACGUGAACAACACGGUACUCAGGGACUACAAUUUGGCGUUGUUGGCCAACGAUGGUCAAUGCAAAUCGGACAUGGUGAUGAGAUCCUUCAUCGAUUACAUAGUUCAUAAUCAGUACGAUAAGCUGGUCGGUGUUUUGGGACCUGCUUGCUCGGAAACCGUGGAACCACUGGUCGGUGUAUCGAAACAUUACAAGACCGUUAUCAUCAGCUACAGCGCCGAAGGAUCCAGCUUCAACGAUCGCACGAAGUAUCCGUACUUCUUCCGUACGAUCGGUGAAAACAAGCAGUACAAACAUGUUUAUCUGCAGCUGUUGAAGAAACUAGGAUGGCGACGAGUGGCAUCAUUGACGGAGGAUGGACAGAAAUACACGGAGUACAUAUCCUACAUGCAAGACAUGUUGAGGGACAAUGGGAUCGUGUUUGUGGCGAAUGCUAAAUUUCCCAGAGAACGAGAGGCCGAUGUGAUGACCAAGUACCUGCAAGAUUUGAAGCAGAAGAGAGCGAAAAUCAUCAUUGCCGAUGUGUAUGACCAGGUAGCCCGGCAAGUCAUGUGCGAGGCGUACAGAUUGGAAAUGACUGCCGUUCAGGGCUACGUCUGGUUCCUACCCCUUUGGCUUCGCCCAGAAUGGUACGACACCGACCGGUACAAUCAAGAAGGCGAACAGGUGCCAUGCAACACGAUGGAAAUGAGCAAAGCCAUAAACGGUCACCUAGGCCUGUCGCACGCGUAUUUCGCUCCAGACGACGAUGUUAUGCAAGAGGGAAUAACCGUGAGACAAUGGCGUGAUCGUUACGAGCUCUACUGCCACAAGAAACGUCAACCACCUUCGAAUUACGCUGGUUUCGCCUACGACGCGAUGUGGACCUACGCUUACGCCAUGGACCGUCUCCUCCGAGAGAACCAAAGCUACGUCUUCGAUCUUCACAGCACUCAGACUAUCAACCGGUUGACGGAUAUCAUUGGUCAAACGGAUUUCCAAGGGGUGUCGGGCAGAAUCAAAUUCUUUGGCGGUCCUUCGAGGUACUCGGUGAUCAACAUCGUUCAGUUCGUCAACAACGAGACACGAUUGGUCGGUAAUUUUUAUCCCAAUGUGUCGGAGACGAAACACGAGGUGAUCGGUGGGAGGUUGGACUUGAAUGUGUCUGCCUUGGUGUGGCUGUCACACACGAUGCCCGACGAUGGCUCAGAACCACCCCCACGAUGCGUAAUAGCUGGAUUCGCCGAUUUCUUGAACGUGUCCUGCGAAGUGGCGUUCGUUAUCGUCAACUUCCUCGGCUUCGGUUUGCUGGGCGUUAUACUCAUUAUUGGGUUCAUCAUCCUUAAGAGAAAGUACGAACGGAAGGUGCGUUUUCACGAGCAGUACAUCAAAUCCUUGGGUUUGGAUUUCGCUCACGCCGACACUUCCGACUUGGACAAAUGGGAAAUACCUCGAGACAGAGUGGUUAUUAACCGAAAGUUAGGCGAGGGUGCAUUCGGAACAGUUUACGGUGGUGAAGCGUUCUUCCCCGAGAAAGGGUGGCUCGCCGUUGCCGUGAAGACUCUGAAGGUCGGAAGCUCGACCGACGAGAAAUUAGACUUCCUCAGUGAAGUCGAAGUGAUGAAGAGAUUCGAGCAUAAAAACAUUAUUAAGCUGCUGGGGGUGUGCAUCAAGGGCGAGCCUGUAUUAACCGUCAUGGAAUUUAUGUUAUACGGUGACUUGAAGACGUAUCUCCUCGCUCGAAGGCAUCUCGUCAACGACCAUAACUAUGAAGACUCGGACGAAAUUUCGAAUAAAAAAUUGACUGCUAUGGCGCUGGACGUGGCCAGGGCGCUCAGCUACUUGGCUCAAAUGAAGUAUGUUCACAGGGACAUCGCUUCUAGAAACUGCUUAGUGAAUGCUCAACGCGUGGUGAAACUCGGCGACUUCGGUAUGACUAGGCCGAUGUACGAGAACGACUACUAUAAAUUUAAUCGGAAAGGUAUGAAAUUGCAAAUGUAUACAGUAUUUACUUCACUGAGCCAUUUCGGGGUUAUUAAGUAUUAUGUGGCAUUAUCUGCGAUGAUAGUAAGCACGAAUGAUGAUGGUCUAGGUAUGCUGCCAGUGAGGUGGAUGGCACCAGAAUCUCUAGGUCUAGGAAUCUUCAGUCCAGCUUCAGAUGUCUGGUCCUACGGUGUUUUACUGUACGAGAUUAUCACUUUCGGCAGUUUUCCAUUCCAGGGGAUGAGCAACAACGAGGUGCUUUCUCACGUGAAAGCUGGAAACUCGUUGACUGUUCCUAAAGGAGUGAAAUUGCAACUAGAAAACUUGAUGUAUUCUUGCUGGAGAGUGGACCACACCAAAAGGCCAACUGCGCCGGAGAUCGUUGAGUUCCUAGCCACGAAUCCUCGAAUACUAUCCCCGUGUUUAGACGUUCCUCUGGCCAGCGUGCAGAUCGAGCACACGGGCCAACUCGAGAUGCAGUUGCCAGAAACCUUCCGAAAGUUCUCUCUGUCAUGGUCAUCUCAGAAUCACCAGACUGCUCGAUCCUCCACGUCAGCCUCCAACCCUCUGGAGACGCCCAAUCCUCCUCUGCUCGACAUAAAUUAUCAGGACGACAAACCGAACCAGGAAUCGCUAUUGGGUGACGCAGUGUCUGACGUAGACAGUGCCAAGCCUCUGUUGAUGAAUUCCAGCAAUGGGUCCUCAGCAUUGAUCGUGAACAUGCAAAAUUUCAAACGAAACGAAGAACAACCGCAUAGAUACGUCAACAUUCAACCAGGAGCGUUGACGAGCUUCGAUUCCGCUACGAGAGGACAAAAAGAUGUCGCGAACAUUCAGAUGGAGGAGAGAAACGCUAUGCUGCCGCAGCACAGGAAUUCAGAGGACGUGUCGAUUCUUUGACAGCAGCGACAGCGAACGAUUUCGAGACAGAAAUCGAUGGUGCACUUCUACAGGCGCGCCGAGGGCAUAUUUGGAAAAUAUGCGAAAAGGUCGUACAGGAAAACGAGCGUUUAGUCGUUCGGCCAUCUUGUUUGGUCGACCGAGGACCGAUGAAUGAUUCCGAGUGCGAUCUGGUAAAGCGCAGUUUGUUCACGUGGAGAUUAAAAUCCUGCCGAUUUGAGUAGAUGACUACACAGAAGCUGCAGAAUCAUAGGUACCAGUGAUGAACAAGAAACGAUAUCAGUUGCAAUAAGCGAAAAUGUACAGGUGCAGGCUUCCGAGCGUACGAGAGGAACUGAUUCCGUAGAUUUUCGCUCAAUCCACUUUUGAGACUGAUACAUACACGCAUAUAUAAUAUAUAGAAGAAUUAAGUUAUCGGUGCGACAACGAUGGAAAUCUCUGAGGAAACAAUUUCUUACGUGAAAAUUGAUGAUCGUGGACGAAAUUUUAAUCGUUGAUACGUAGUCAUUUAACGAGUGGAGUAGAAAUUUCCAUCGAGGUUGCGACGAACAGAAGUAAAAAGGCUGCUUCAAUUACGUACAUCGUAUGUAUUCGACUGAUAAGCAACUUUGUUUCCGAGCAAAAUUUCACGAGUAGCAUUUUUCUGUUCACGUACAAUCACUUGUGAAAGUCUUCGAACAAGUGAAAAUGCCAUUUUUGUAUUUUUCGAGACUAUGGGUUGCGUUAGUAUUUUUAAUUAUUAUGUGGAGUUUUCCUAUAUUCCUUUCCAAAUAAUUCCAAACGUGAUUUAUAAGGUUUACAUCACAUAUUUAUUAUACUACGUCUUUUUGUCGAAGUGCAGCUUAGGUAAUGUGCGACUCUUUCGUGGAUACGAAGAUUUUCAUGAGUGAUUAUAUAUAUUCUCUUGGCACUGAUUCUCGAGUAGAAUUCCUGCAAACAGAAGAAAGAAAACUUUCCAGGCAUUUUGAAACGAACGAGAAGAAACAGAAGAGCAAUAUUUUUAAACGAGCACCAUCGUUCACGUAACCAUGACAUUUGUAUAGAAACGUAUAUUUUAUUCGAACACGUUUCAAAAUCGCCGGGAACACAGUUAAUAUUCGAAGAUGAAGGUCUUCUCAAUAAACCGUGAGUCUAUGCUCGAAUAUCAAAUUAUCUAGAUACAAAAUUAUUUGAAUAAGGAAAAUUCGAAUAGUUAUUUAGAUAAUUAUUUAUCUAGAGAAUGUCCUGUCCGAGUAUCAUAAAUUCAUGACUCCAGUUACCAGUUCCAUGUAUACACGAUAUAAUAUAUUUUUUGAUCCAUCUUUUACGCUAUACAUAUAAUUAGCGGUUCAAACAAAAACUGGUACUCCAGUUAACUUCGAUAACACUUGAUCCUCGCUAGAAUCCUACUGAAACGGUUACUAUACUUCAAGAUCACGUCUAGCGAUUAUUUAUUUAACGAGAGAAACUCUAUCGAGACUACUUUUGUAAUUAACUUUCCUCGUCGCGAGCAUCGGUCUGAAAGCAAUUUAUUUUUAUUUAUAGUUAGAAACGUUGCUCGCGACGAGAGUUAGUCUGUUCUUUAGGUGCAAUAACAUUCUACGUCUUUGUAUAAGCUACUAAAGAUUUCUUAGAUGUAUACUAUUAUUAUAUAUGAAUGUUAAUAUUGGGGUACAUGUCAGUGGCCAAUUUAAAAUGUUCGUGAAAUAAUCAAAAUGAAUCCACGUUACUUCAGAUGAAAUAUUUAUAAUUUUUAAAUGGGAAGAAAAGAUAUUUAAUCGUAGUUUAGAGACAACAGUGAUGAAUUGAUGUGAUUAUGUGAAAAUUUGUGAUGUAUGGAUAUCGUUGAAAUUUGUAAUUCUAUUUGGUCACACGUAUUUGUACCUGUACUACAGGUUGCCUGAAUUUUAAUAGCAAUGGUCAAGAAAACGAUGUUUCGUUCCAUUAUGUAUCUACUUUAUUAACAAGACGAUCUAUUUAUUUCUCGUAUUUAGUACGGACGAUACUUUGACCAUUACGUUGCUCAUUAUUCUAAGAACGUUCUCAUAUUUUAUAUGAUUUUCUAGCAAAGCAUUUUUUUUGUUUGUUUUUUACUUAUCCAAAGAACAUGUUCCUAGUGUUUGACCAAUUAAAAUUCAGACACUCUGUGCCCUUUAUGAACGUCGAAUAAUCGUUGUCUAGCAAUGUUAACAAUAAUCCGAAAUGACUGAGAGGAACGGUAAACCGACAGAAAGUAUUUUAAAAUUCUCACUUUAAUUCCAGUUCGUAGUUGCUUCGAGACCAUACCGCGAGAUAUGUUCAAACGUACGUUCAUUUUGUUUGCAUACAUCAAAGUGACCCGGGGAAGAAAAUAUUCAUAUUGCAUGUUACAUCACAUCGAUCAACGACACGCUUAUCGUAGUACUUAGUGGUAAAUUUCUUCUUCUUUCUUUUUUAUAUCGGGUAUAAGUAAAUGAUACAAGUGAACGUA